UACCCAACCCAUUAUCAAUGGGUCUACUUGGGUUAGGGUAUAAUUACCCAUGGGUGGGUAAUUUGCCAUCCCUAGCCAUGAUCACUCAGAUCUCCAACGCCAUCAGUCCAUAUCACCACCGUCAUCAGCCUUGUUGCUGGUGCACAAUCUUCACCAACAUCGUCUCUGUCGAGCCAAUCCACCAUCAACAUCGCCGUUGGCGUCGAUCGACCAUCACCACCCAGAUCCCGAAUCCCCUGCAGUCGAUUUCACCACUGUCAUCCACCCAGUUGUCGCCGCCGAUCAUCCCAUCAUCGUCUCUGUUGUGCCAAUCAACCACCGUCGUCGUUGUUGCCGCUGGUCGGCCAUCCCCACCCAGAUCCCGACACCCUCGAAAUCACCAUCAUCAUCAAGGCUCCUCCCCUCUCUAGAAUUCUUUUCGGUGGAUUUUUGGAGACACGACUUUGCGAUGGCAGAUUAUAUGAAUUGUGUGAUCAGUUUGAGGCGAAGAAGAUGAACUUUAUUAGUGAAACAACCAAUUCUAUCGGCGGUGUUAACGUCCACAUUCCUGCCGGCGGUCAAGAGAGCACGCAUGUAAUAGACAUAUAAAUAAUUAUAUAAAGGAUUUAAAUACAA